GCGUAGGUGGGCGCGCCAGGCUGCAACGCGUUGCGGCUGUCCGCGUUCGAGAAGCGAAAGUAGUGUUUCGGUUGUCAUGCGUUCGCCGCAUCUAACCUAAGUGGGAGAUGUCGUCGUCUAAGUACGCUAAGCUCGAGCAAGACUACCAGAAGCUAGUCAGCGAGAUGGGUGUGCUGCGGUGUCGGUUGGAGAGCAAGUCAGAGGCCCUGCUCAUCCUCACACGGGACCUGGAGCAAUGCCAGAGCGAGCGCGACCAGUUCAAGCUCAUGGCCGACCAGCUCCGUGAACGCCAUGGCGAGCUACGCAGGCGCCUCCAGGCCUGGGGUCCAACAGUGGCAAGCGUAUAUGACACCAAGAACCUUAAAGGCCAGACUGAAAAGAGCCUGGCACAGCUGCUGUGUGACUUGAAGGAGCAGAACCGACGGCUGCAGUCGGAGAACGAGUCACUCAGCCAGAAACUCCGUGAAGCUCUUGAAGAUGGCAAGCUUCUGCGAGAGCAGGUGCAGGAGCAGGGACGCAGCCGCCGUCUGUCUGACCCGUGCGCCCAGUGCUCGGCCAAGCAGGACCGCCAGGAGCUGGUGCGACAGCUCGAGGUGUUGCAGUCAAGGUGCUCGAUGCUGGAGUGCGACCUGCAAGCAGUGCUGGACGAGAAGGAGGAACUGGUGCGGACGGGGGACGCGUACCGGCAGAAGGUGGACCGACUCAACCUGCAGCUCAACCACGCACUGCGCGGAGGUGCCGACUACGUGCCGCUCGACGUCGAUGCCUUGCUCAUGGAGAACAGGUACAUGCACGAGCGACUGCAGCUUGCCCAGGAAGAGAAGUCCUUGCUCACGGCAUCGCUGAACAAAUUCAAGAGCUUGGCAGAGAAGAAUCGUGGUCGUGCAAGCACAGCAGCCCUGGCCGGGAUUUCUAGCAAACAGAUGCAGCAGCUGCUUCAGGACAGCUCGCUGGACCUGAGCACAGCGGGGGCCGACCUACGUAGCCUGGUGGCCCUCCUGCUGGAGGCUGUCAACGACCGAACCCUGGCUCUCAACCACCAACGAAAGGCCAACAAAGUUCUCGGCAAACGGGUGACAGAGCUGGAGAACAGGCUCAAGUGUGACGGCACCUGGAGGGUCAACAUGCCCCUCUCGAGCACAGAUCCAGCGAAACUGGGCAACAGGAGCAGAGGGAGCAGUUUCGAAGAUGCCAAUUCAUUGUCCAUUGGUGCUCUGGAAUUGUCCAUCUCCAAGCCAACACCAGACAAAGAUGUUCCACGUUCGGUGAUUUCGAGGGAGAACUCGCGUGACGAGGAAGAGGAGUGCAUAGCAGGCGAGGAGGACCUUCCGCCAGAGCUGCAGAGGCUCCUCUCGGCUGCCAUGAAGGAGCUCAAGUCACCCCAGCACCGAGCACCCCCACCUACCCUCAAAGAAGUGGCCGACCUCGCCUGCUGACACGAGGCGUCACCUAGCAGCGGCACUAGCACCAAGAUCCAUCGCCAGUCCAGUGCGUGAAGUGCCAUCGUACGACUUGCAAUGCCUGCGGCCGUGGCUGGCAAAAGAAAGCGCACACGAGCCGCGAAGCACAUAUCCUGCGCAUCAGUGAGUGCCAAGGCUUUGGGACAUGCUUGGCCUGUGUCGUUUGUGAAACGAGAUGUUGCAAGGGACGCUUUUCACGUUUAGGUGCCAUCGUAUACACCUUUCCACAGGGGCUUGAGAGCAUAUCUUCUCCCGAUUGUUGCACAUGCGUACGAAACAUACAGUGCUCACGUGAUGAAACAUGACAUCAGAAUGUCAAGCAUACCGACUACAAGUGUGUGCAGUUGCAUGACAUAACCAUGUCACAUCACUACGAAUCUGGCCGCUAAGAUGUU